UUGGCAAUAUCAGCAAUGCUUGGUUCUUGUUACUAUCAUUAUCAUGAAAUACUGUAUUUCUAGCCAAGUGAAGUGACCUUUUAGAUACUUAUAUUACAUUCCAUUACAGAUUUGAAGGGCUCAAAUAUCAUACUGUAUCUCACCCCAAAGCAGAAGAAAGUAAUGGCAACAUCCUCAGUUAUGAUGAUGAGUUCAAUGAGUCUAAAACCAGCUCCAAGAGGCCUCCCCUCACUCGGUACAACUUUCAGGGUUGUAGCCAGUGGGAAGAAGAUCAAGACUGCCACACCUUAUGGUACCGGUGGCGGGAUGAGCUUGAGGGAUGGGCUCGAUGCUUCUGGCAGGAAGGGCAAGGGGAAAGGUGUCUACCAAUUUGUGGAUAAGUACGGUGCUAAUGUCGAUGGAUACAGUCCCAUCUACAACACUGAUGAUUGGUCCCCUUCUGGUGAUGUCUACGUUGGAGGUACAACUGGGUUGGCAAUCUGGGCAGUGACACUAGCUGGAAUUCUACUAGGAGGUGCCCUCCUUGUUUACAAUACAAGUGCUUUGGCGCAGUAGUAGAAAUUAAACCCCCAUGGAUGACUGUUAAAGUCUUGUCUGUGUGUGUGCGCAAAGACACAACAUUUACAAGAUUAUGCUUUUUCAACUCUUAUACUGCAUGUUGUACUCUGUAUUAUUGUUUGCCUAUGCAUGGGUUAUCUAUUCAAAAUAUUGCCUUGUCUGUAUUA